AUGCCUCAGGAGAAAAGUGAAAACAAGGGCCAGGAAGCUCCUAAUGUCAGAGCCAGGACCCACGCCACGCAAAAGGCCUCCCACAGCGAGGUGGGCCCUACUGAACUUUUGAGUGAACACAUGGAUGCUUCUGGCAACCCAGUACCCGACCCAAGACCUCUCAGAGACGAUGAUGCCGACUUAGUCGAAGCUAUGACUGCGGAGACUACCGAAUUUGAUGAGUAA